GCGAAGAACUUCCUGUCGGUCCUGUCUCUCCAAAAAUGGCGGACACGUGUGGCCAAGUGUUAUUGGGAUCAGGGCUCACCGUCCUCUCCCACCCUCUGAUGUACAUUAAAGUCCUGGUUCAGGUAGGACAUGAGCCUCUGCCUCCAACACUGGGCAGGAACCUGUUUGGAAGACAAGUGUACCAGCUGCCAGGAUUGUUUGCUUAUGCAAAACACAUCAUCAAGAUUGAUGGGAAAGCAGGGCUCUUCAACGGGCUUGGUCCAAGGCUGUGUGCCGGAACCAUCGGGACUAUUGUGCACAGCAAAGUUGUGCAGAGAUGUCAGGAGCAAGGGACGCUUCAGGUACUGGGCGGUCAGCAGAAGGCUGUGGAGGGCUCCCUACAGCACGUUGUUAACGAGACAACCAAAGAGAUGAUUGCUCGUUCCUGUGCCACCAUCGUCACACAUCCCUUUCACGUGAUUACUUUGCGGUGUAUGGUCCAGUUUAUCGGGAGAGAAGCAAAGUACAGCGGAGUCUUUGACUCCAUCAUCACUGUCUACAGAGAAGAAGGCAUACUGGGAUUCUUUGCUGGUUUGAUCCCCCGCCUGCUCGGUGACGUCCUGUCUCUGUGGAUUUGUAACCUGCUGGCUCACGUCAUCAAUACAUACGCUAUUGAUGACUCGAUGAGUCACACAGGAGAAAUCAAGAACUGCUCUCAGGCUGUGACAGGGUUCUUCGCCAGUAUGCUCACAUACCCUUUUGUCUUGGUGUCAAACCUCAUGGCUGUCAAUAACUGCGGGCUCGCUGGAGGCCUGCCCCCCUAUGCAUCAGUAUAUCCCACCUGGGUGGACUGCUGGAGGCAUCUAAGCAGAGAGGGCAACAUGAGCAGAGGCAACAGUUUAUUUUUCCGUAAGCUUCCAGCAGGAAAGACGUACGCCAUCGACCAGAAAAGAUUUUUUUAAAGCCUCAAGAGAACUGAGCAGAUCAUAGUUGUGAUAAUAAAAAAAAAAGGAAAACAGAAUCAACAUUGCCUGAUCUGGGGGUUGGACAGUCUGCACUUGAAAUCUUUUUUUUUUGUAUGCACUUGUUUACUAUAUAAGGUUUUUUUUCUUAACCUGUCACCAUGUAAAUUUAAAAAAACUUUAGUUUCCAGUUAAUUUCAAGCAGAUUAUUAACAGAAAUUUACAAAUAAAAUGGAGUGUUUUUUUUUUUUUAACUACUGAAGAACGGAUCAUGCUGUCAAACCAGUCUGUUAUGUAAGGACAGAGUGAUGUGUAUGUUCCCCCCCCACCCUCCUCCCCCAUGUAUUUUUUUUUCUUUUUCUAUAGAUUAUCAAUUGACAAGGACUUCCCUUCAUCCAUGUGAUGGGAUUUGUUUGUUUUUAAAAACAGCACUUCUGUCUGCAUGUGGUAACGUCUAAUAAUUCACGUUAAUGGGACCUCUCGUCAUGUGGUUUUUGUCUUGGUGUGUUUAAUUAUUGUAAUGCUCACUGCUCGGUGGGCGCGUAACGCUAACGAAAAGGAGGGAAAAAAGAGUGUGUGUGGGGGUGGGAGGGUUGUGUAGGAGCAUGUAUGAGUGUACAGAGGCAUGCGGAGUAGCCUGAGCUGACCACACUCUCUCUGGCACUCUGAUUAGUCAAAGCGCUUGUAUCAACUCAUUCUGAUUGACUCGAAUAAAAACUUGCUUUUU